AUGGACGGCCUCACUGCUGCCGAGACCCGCGAGCUGGAGCAGCGCAUGCAGAAGCGCCAGGUGAAGGAGUUUAUCGGGGUCUUCUCCAACCUUGUCGACCAUUGCUUCGCUUCGUGCAUCGACGACUUCACGUCCAAGUCCGUGUCCACCCGCGAGAGCGGCUGCGUCACCCGCUGUGUGCAAAAGUACCUGGCCACGCAACAGCGCCUGUCGGAGCGCUUCCAGGAGAACACGGCCGAGAUGAACCAGCAGCAGCAGCAGCGAUAA